AUGGUGAUAGGAGACCCUGAAGAAAUAAAAAUAAGGUUGGAUGGGACAAGCAUAGAACAGGUAAAGACCUUUAGAUGCUUGGGAGUGGAAUUGAGUGAGGACGGGAAACAAGACAUAGAAAUCAAUCGCAGGAUAGAAAGUACAAUAAAACUUUACCACAUCAUGAAUAGCAGUUUCAUAAGUAAGAAGGAAAUUUCCCAAGGCACCAAGAUAAAAGUAUAUAAGGCAGUUUAUAGACCGACAUUGACCUUUUCCUGCGAGUCAUGGGCAUUGAAUAGGAGACAGAAAAGUAGAAUCAAAGCAGUAGAAAUGAAAUACCUCAGAAGAGUGAAGGGAGUAACAAGAUUGAAUAAAAUAAGGAACGAGUCAAUAUGUCAAGAUCUGGAGAUAGAGCCAUUACAGGAUUUUGUAGAGAGAAGACAACUCAGCUGGUGGGAACAUUUAAAUAGAAUGAACAACGAGAGGCCUGCGAAGCAAAUAUGGCAGGCCAAAAUCCAAAAGAGGAAGAAGAGAGGAAGACCAGAGCAAACAUGGAACAACACCAUCACCGAAAUAAUUAAUGAGAGAGGACGAACAUGGAGAGAAGCAAGAGAUAUGGCUGUGGGUAAAAGAGCAUGGACCAAAUUCGUACAUGGGGGAGAAAUCCAACAAUGA